AUGUCUUUCUCACUCUCUCAUUCUCUCUCCCACUCUCUCCCACUCUUUCUCACUCUAUCACUCCCUCUCUCUCUCACUCUGACACUCUCUCUAUCUCUUUCUCACUCUCUCUCUAAUUCUCUCUCCCACUCUCUCUCUCCCUUCCUCUCUCUGCAAAUAUUUCAAUGCUCAGUAAAGUCGAAGCGAUCACUUAGUCGUUUAACAACAGUCCCUUCCUUCCUUCCUUCCUUCCUUCUUUCCUUUAUUCAUUCAUUCUUUCCUUCUUUCGUUCAUUUAUUUACUCAUUCUUUGCUUUCUUCCUCCCUCCCUUCCUUCCUUUAUUCAUUCAUUCUUUCCUACCGUUGUUCAUUCUUUCCUUUCCUCUUCACUUCUCUCUUUCAUUCAUUUAUUCUUUCCUCCCUUCCUUCCAUCUUUCCUUCCUCCCUCCCUUCCUUCCUUCCUUCCUUCCUUCCUUCCUUCAUUCAUUCAUUCAUUUCUUUCCUUCCUUCGUUCAUUUAUUUACUCAUUCCUUGCUUUCUUCCUCCCUCCCUUCCUUCCUUUAUUCAUUCAUUCUUUCCUUCCGUUGUUCCUUCUUGCCUUUCCUCUUCACUUCUCUCUUUCAUUCAUUUAUUCUUUCCUCCUUCCUACCAUCUUUCCUUCCUUCCUUCCUUCCUUCCUUCCUUCAUUCAUUCAUUCAUACUUUCUUUCCUUUCUUCCUCCCUCUCUUCCUUCAUUAAUUCAUUCAUUCUUUCUUUCGUUCUUUCCUUCCUUCCUCCCUUCCUUCCUUUGUUCAUUCUUUCCUUUCUCUUUUCCUUCUCCCUUCUUUCAUUCAUUUAUUCUUUCCUUCUUUCCCUCGUUCAUUCAUUCAUUCUUUUCAUUCUUCCUUCCUGCCUUCCUUCCUUCCUUCCUUCCUUCAUUCAUUCAUUCAUUCAUUCAUUCAUUCAUUCAUUCUUUCUUUCUCUCCCUUCUUCCUCCCUCUCUUCCUUCCUUUAUUAA